AUGGGUUGUGUUACUUAAAAACAAUCAAGGGUAUUAUCACCAAAAUUAAGAGACAAAGUAUUAAGAAUUUUCAGAAAAAUAGAUGUAGAUGGUUCAAAAUCAAUAGAUAAAGAAGAAACAGCAAAAUAUUGGAAAUCCAAUUUCGCUAAAUUAAAUACAAAUGCAUUAUUUAAAACAGUUGAUUUUGACGGAAGUGGUUCAAUCACAGAAGACGAAUGGUUAGCCUUUUGGUAAAUAGUAAAAAGAAGCGGUCAUUCAGAAAAAGAAAUAAAUGACGAGUUAGAUAAUUUAUUAGAAGGAAAAGCAUGGGUUAAGUUUAGAAACGUUGAUGAAUAUAUAAUGAGAGAUUAAAAAGAAAAAUAAGGUUAAAAUAUACAUAAAAUUGUUGAUGAUGAAAGGAAAAAACUUGAUCAUUCUAUUGAAUGUUUAUUAUUAUUUUUUUAAUAAUUUUUUUAUUUUUAAUUAGAGCGGGAAAGAUAACUAGAAUUACAAACCUUAAAACAAUGA